AUGACGAGAGAGGCUCACCUGGAAACUCAGCAGCCUAAUACACAGUUCCAGCAUCUUCCAAACCAUCUCAGUUUCUCAAAGAUAGCCAAAUUCAAUGUCGCAGACAUUGCAGUUGUACAGCUGCGAAUAGAGGCUCAGAAUGCGUACGCGAGAAACGGCCUGGUCGACGAGGCCAGCGAGAUAGUCCAGAGCGUCCCAGCCUCGGAUUCCAUUGCCGCAAAUGCGGUUCUAGCAGCAUUCGCUCGCGCAGGGAAUGUGGCUGCAGCGAAGGAGCUGUUCGAUUCCAUGCCCGCCAGGACUUCCGGGAGCUGGAACUCGCUCGCGCAGGGCAGGGCAUCUUGCCGAGUGCGUCAAGGCCGCCAACUUGAUGCCACGCGGGGGACGUGGGUGGACAUGAUCAGGGCGUACGGAGAGCACGGCAUGGUGGCGGAGGCCCGUACAGCCUUCGACAAUUUGCCCCGGGUGACUGUCGACGCAUGCAACACCCUGAUUGUGGCGUAUGCCCGUAACGGGCAUCUGGUUGAGGCAAAGGAGCUGUUCGACGCGAUGCUGGUGAGGAGCACCGUCACCUGGGCGUCCAUCAUGGAGGCGUGCACCAUGAGCAACCUCGCGGGGCAAGCGCUGGAGAUUUUUCACUUGGAGAAUUGCUCGGGGCAGCUGAUGCUGGAUCGGGUGGUCUUCUCGGCGGUUCUUAGCGCGCAUUCUUGGCUCGGGUGCCUAGACGAUGCGGCGGGGAUCAUCCGCGACAUGGCCUCAGACUACGCCAUCCGGCCGAGUGUGGAGCACUACUGCGCGAUCCUGGCGAUGCUGACGAGCCGAUCAGAGCUGGGAGAUGCUGAGGAUCUUGCAGCAAGCAUGCCGUUCGUGGCCUCGGCCUCGGCGUGCUGCUCCUCGACGUGUGUAAGAUCCGUCGGGACAGCGCCCGGGCAAGGCGAGUGGCGGAGGAGAUAG